UCCGAGCACGUUUUUCUCACGACUCCGACGAAGCUGUAGAAUCUGUUACAGUUGAACUGUACGGUAUUGUCAUUACUACAUUUGCUUUCGCCGACAUUGCUUGCACAAAUCUAUAAAACACAAAAGAGUAAUAAUGGAUGUACUCGAUGGUGUACUUGUGUUCAAAUGUCUAUUGGUUGGCGAUUUAGGUACCGGCAAGACAACAUUCGUUAAACGUCUUUUGACGGGUGAAUUUGAAAAGAAAUAUGUUUCAACCUCGGAAGUAGGAGUAUAUCCAUUGAAAUUUCAUACUACUCGUGGUGUUAUUCAAUUCGAUGUUUGGGAUGCUGCAGUAGAAGAGCCAUUUGGAGAUCUCAGAGAAAGAUCCUAUAUUCAUGGUCAAUGUGCUGUCAUUAUGUUUGAUGUUACCAGUGCUGACACUUACAAAAAUGUACCCGAUUGGUAUCAAGAUGUGGUGGAAAUAUGUGAUGACAUUCCGAUUGUGCUCUGUGGAAACAAAGUGGAUAUGACAAAUGUAAAUGAAAAAGUUAAAUCAAUGGUUUUCCAGAAGAAGAAUUUACAAUAUUACGAAAUUAGUGCAAAGAGUCAAUACAAUUACGAAAAACCAUUUCUGUGGAUGGCCAGAAAAUUAAUCGGCGAUCCCAACCUGGAAUUUGUUGAAAUGCCUGCUCCUACACCCCCAUGCAUUAAGAUGCACCCUGAAUGGAUAAAAUGGAUAAAUCAAUUUGAAAUAGAAAUGGCGGAAAAAAUUAAAUUGCCCGACGAGGAUGAAGAAGAUGAAUUGUAAUUUAUUAGUCCUCCAUAAUUCAAUGAUUUGACUGUUAACUGUCUCAAUUAAUUAACUAUCUUUCAUAUUAAGUUGAAUCUUUUUUUUUCCAUACAUACUUAUUUAAUAAAAAACUGCGUGUA